CACCGUCUGGUCAGAUUUCCAUACGGCGUUGUUUCGUGCUCUCCCAUUAACUCGUAACGCAGGGAAAGCGGUCACGAUGUCCGGAGGUCUGGAUGUCCUUCAAAUGAAGGAGGAGGAUGUGCUGAAGUUCCUGGCGGCAGGAACCCAUCUUGGAGGUACCAACUUGGACUUCCAGAUGGAGCAGUACGUCUACAAGAGGAAAAGCGAUGGUGUGUAUAUCAUUAACCUGAAGAAGACCUGGGAGAAGCUGCUGCUGGCAGCCAGGGCCAUUGUUGCCAUUGAGAACCCAGCUGAUGUGUGCGUCAUCUCCUCCAGGAACACUGGACAGAGAGCUGUGCUGAAGUUCGCCUCUGCCACCGGUGCCACCACCUUCCAUGGUCGUUUCACCCCUGGAACAUUCACCAAUCAGAUCCAGGCAGCUUUCAGGGAGCCCCGCCUCCUGAUCGUGACAGAUCCUCGUGCUGACCAUCAGCCACUGACUGAGGCUUCCUACGUGAACAUCCCCACCAUUGCUCUGUGCAACACAGACUCUCCACUUAGAUAUGUGGACAUUGCCAUCCCCUGUAACAACAAGGGUCACCACUCUGUGGGUCUGAUGUGGUGGAUGCUGGCCAGGGAGGUUCUCAGGAUGAGGGGUACCAUUUCCAGGGAGCACCCAUGGGAGGUCAUGCCUGAUCUGUACUUCUACAGAGAUCCUGAAGAGAUCGAGAAGGAGGAGCAGGCCGCAGCUGAGAAAGCUGUUGGUAAGGAGGAGUUCCAGGGUGAAUGGACUGCUCCUGCAGCUGAGUUUGCCCAGCCUGAGGUGGCUGACUGGUCUGAGGGUGUUGCUGUGCCAUCUGUGCCCAUCCAGCAGUUCCCUGCAGCUGCUGCUCCACCCGUGAAGACAGAGGACUGGAGCACUCAGCCUGCCACAGAGGACUGGUCCACUGCUCCCACUGCCCAGGCCUCUGACUGGGGUGGUGCCACUUCUGACUGGUCUUAAAUAUUGACUUUGGCAACAAUAAAAGUGUUUUGUACACAUUGA